UAAUGUAAACAUUUAUAAAAAAAACCCCACUGCCCCAGUCGAACACAUUGAGCUUCCUUCCCCUUGGUCUUCUGUGUAUAUUUCAUUAUUUGAAUCAAUAACCUUUCCAAACGAAAAAUGGCUACAUCAUCGCCGCCGCAGAUCGGCAGUGAAGUGGUGGCCGAACGGCGGGGAAUACCGGCGGCAUCUUUCGUCAAAGAUGUGCAAGCUUAUUUGAAUCAAUUAGGGCUCGAUGUUAACAAUACACUCGCCUUUCUUCAAGAAAGGCUUCAGCAAUACAAAGUGGUUGAGAUGAAACUUCUUGCCCAGCAGAGAGAUCUUCAGGCGAAGAUUCCAGAUAUCGAGAAGUGCUUAGACGUUGUUGCUACUUUACAAGCUAAGAAAGACAGUGAUGAGGCAUUGCUUACAGAUUUUGAAGUAUCUGAAGGCAUCUAUGCCCGGGCCCGGAUCGAGAAUGCAGAUUCUGUGUGCUUAUGGUUGGGAGCAAACGUAAUGCUAGAGUACUCAUGUGAAGAGGCCACUACUCUGCUCCAGAACAACCUUGAGAAUGCAAAAGCCAGUUUAGAAGUACUAGUUGCUGAUCUACAGUUCUUAAGAGAUCAAGUUACCAUUACACAGGUAACGAUUGCUCGGGUCUACAAUUGGGAUGUCCAUCAACGAAGAGUUAAAAGCACUUCUUCCUCACAAGAUUCAUGAGAAAAACAAAUAGAAAGAGGUGUUUAAGGUUGUUAUCAAUUUAGGUAAACUUCUUUCAUUAAACUUUCUGCAGUGUUUAUGAAUUUUGGUAUCAUUUCAGCAUAUUGGUUUGUUGCUAUGUAGCCCUUGUGUAACAUUAAUGUUUGAUUAUACUGAAGAAUUGUUUUGUGGCUAUUUGCAUCCACAUCUUAUCUGAUAUUCAUUAUUGAAUA